AGCCGUGAUGGACAAGCUGCUAAGCGACACAAACCCAAGCACAAACCCAAGCAUGGCCGAGGACACCAACCCAAGCAUGGCGAAGGGCGACGGAGUGUCAACCGAGGUCGUCCCUAUCCCGAGCGGCCCGCCGCCGCUGCCGUUCCUCGGCAACUUGCGCGAUCUCACGGGUCCGGAUGGCGGCCUUCACGAGCACAUUACGCGCCUUGUGUCGGAGUACGGCGGCCUCUUCUCCCUCCAGAUCCCAUCCGGGCUCAUCAACCUGCCCACCGCCAAGUUCGGCGGCACCGUGGUGCUGGCCGACCCGGAGCUGCUCGGCGAGCUGUUCCAGCGGCCGGACGUGUUCCAGAAGCGUCUCUUCAAGCACAGCGCCAUCCGCCAAGGGCUGGGAGGGCAGGGCCUCUUCACCACGGAUGACGACGAGCCCAUCCACGACCAAGCUGCCCGCGUGCUGCUGCCCGCAUUCUCGAUGAGGGGCAUGCAGGAGUACUUUGAGAUGAUCAAGGAAACGACGGCGGUGCUCCAGCAGCAGUUCAUCGAGCAGGGCGCCGCCGGCGCCGCCGUCGACCUGCACCCGCUCCUGAGCCGCUACACCUUCGACAUCAUCGGGAAGGUUGGAUUCGGGCGUGAUUUUUCUAGCCUGACUGGCCGCCCCUGCAGCUUCCUCGACCGUUUCCAGGAGUUUUCGGAAUCGAGUCUGCGGUUGCAGCAGGGCAUCGGCGGCUUUAGCGGAGCGUUCAAGACCUCCAAGGCGGUCGCGGCCGCGGCGGGUGGCUGCCCAUUUGCCAAGAAGGGCAUCGUCAAGGACAUGGCGACCCGCAUGCUGACCGAACCCGACCCGGAGACGGGCGAGCUCCUGCCAGACGACAACAUCGUGAACCAGGCCGCAACCUUCCUGAUCGCGGGGCACGACAGCACGUCCACCGCCAUCACGAUGCUGCUGUACCACGUCGCGCAGAGCCCGGACGUGGAGGAGAGGGUCUACAACGAGGUGAUGUCGGUCGUCGGCGACGGGCCGAUCACCUGGGACGCGCUCGGCAAGAUGAAGUACUGCACGCAGGUGGUCAAGGAGAACCUGCGUCUCUUCUCGCCGGCCGCGCAGUUCGUCAAGACGAGCCCGCCCGACCAGACCGUCACGCUUGGCCGCUACGUGGUCCCGCCGGGCACGAGCUUUGUCUGCAGCACGUGGGGCCUCCACCGCAACCGCGACGUCUACCCGGACCCACUCAAGUUCGACCCCGACCGCUGGUCCGACGAGAACGCGGCCAAGCGGUCGCCGUACGCCUGGCUCCCCUUCAGCUACGGCAAGCGCGGCUGCAUCGGGCAGCAGCUCUCGCUCAUCGAGCAGCGCGUCUGCCUCGCCUCGCUCGUCCGCAAGUUCCACUUCCGCGUCGACCUCUCCACCAAGCUCGAGGUGACAGCGCCGCUCUUCCUCGACCCGCAGGGCAUCUUCCUCAAGUGUGUGCCGCGAGCCGAGCCCGUCGAGCGGCCGCUCCCCUCGGUGCUGCCGGCUGCGGCUACCGCCCCGUCGCAGCCGGCCGACGUGGGCGAGGUCGAGGCGCUCAAGGGCAAGCGGCUGGUUGUCCUCUUUGGCUCCAACAUGGGCAGCGCCGAGGACUUUGCCGACCGCACCCUGACCACGGGCAAGGGCUUCGGCAUGGUCGCCGAGAAGCACUCUCUCGACAAGCUGGUCACCGCCAAGGUGAUGCUGCCCAAGGGCGAGGACGGCCUCGUCAUUGUCGUCACGAGCGUGUACAAUGGCCAGCCGCCGGACAACGCGCGCCGCUUCGCCGCGUGGCUCGACACCCCCGACGCCGCGGCCGCCGUGGAGGGCGUGCGCUUCGCCGUCUUUGGGUGCGGCAACAAGCAGUGGGCGGCGACGUACAUGCAGUUCCCGCGCACGGUGUCUGAGACGCUCGAGAGCCUCGGCGGGCUGCCGAUGGUGCCGAUGGGCGAGGGCGACAUGGACAGCGGCGAGGCCGAGCUCAGCUUCACGCGCUGGCAGGUCUCGUUGGUGGUGGCGCUGCUGCAGGCCCACGGCGCGCGGAUCCCCGACGGCAUCAAGGAGACGCUCUACCCCAAGCUGCCCGUCUACUCGAUCUUCCACAAGGUGGACGCCAAGGCGGAGGAGAUCCCGGUCGCGACCCUCGAGGCCAACCUGCAGGAGGCGAAGCGGCAGGCGCUCCGGACCUUCCUCGCGGGCAACCAGGCCUUCCUCGCCGAGGUGUCUUGCAACCGCGAGCAGCUCGCGGCGCCGGACCGCUCCACGCGCCACAUCGAGGUCGCGCUCCCGGACGGCGUCUCGUACGCCGCGGGAGACCACUUGGGCGUCGUGGGCGGUAACCCGGACGAGGUCGUCUUCGCUUACAUGGAUCGGCUCGGGCUGGCGCGCGACGCGGUGGUGCGGAUCGAGCUCGAGGAGGGGAGCUCGAGCUCGACCGUCCCGCUCGGGCGCAACGUCGCCGCCUACGCGGUGCUCGCGUACCACUUCGAGCUGCAGCAGCUGGCCUCGCGCGCGCAGCUGUACGCGCUCUCGAAGCUCGCCUGCGAGCCGGCCGAGGCGGAGCACCUGCGCACCCUCGCCGACUUUGGCCGCGACAACAGCGGCGAGGUGCAGGGGGGCUCCCCGGACGCCUUUGAGCGCUACGUGCUGCAGUCGCGGCGCACGCUGCUGGAGGUGCUGCAGGAGCACCCGUCGGUCGAGGUCUCGGCGGGCGCGGUGCUUGGCAUGCUGCCCCCGAUGAAGCCGCGCUACUACUCGAUCUCCUCCUCGCCAAAGCACUCGCCGGGCGUCGCCACCGUCUCGGUGUCCGUGGUGCAGGGGACCAGCCCGACCGGCAGGCGGCACCUCGGCCUCUGCUCAAACUACCUCAAGGCGCAGGCAUGCCAAAAGAGCUUCCCGCCCUCGGUCAUGCCCUCCCUGCCGGGCGGCCCGUCCGGCAAGGGCAUGCCGCUCUUCACCUUCGUCAAGGACACGGGCUCCUCCUUCCGGCUGCCGCAGAGCGACGUGCCCGUCAUCAUGGUCGGGCCGGGUACGGGCGUCGCGCCGAUGCGCGGCUUCAUCCAGGACCGGGUGGCCGACGGCAGGAGGGAGAAUGUGCUCUUCUUCGGCUGCCGCGACGAGUCCGACUACCUCUUCAAGGACGAGCUGCAGGCGUGGGAGGCGGACGGCUCGCUCAAGCUCUUCGUCGCCUUCUCGCGCAAGGAGGGGACGCCAAAGACGUAUGUGCAGCACCUCGUCGAGCAGGAAAAGGCGCUGAUGGUGGAGCUAGUCAUGAAGGGCGCGCAUGUCUACGUGUGCGGCGACGCCUCGAAGAUGGCGCCCGACGUGAAGGCGACGGUGGCGCGCCUGCUGUCCGAGGCGGGACACGGCGAGGACUGUGUGGAUAGGAUGGCGGCCGAGGGCCGGUACUGUGAGGACGUCUGGGCUGCGCAGUCGUUUUGAGCCGACGUUGAUCUAGGAGCGCCUUUGUGGAUGGGGUGUGCUGCCACGUCCUUUUUUUGAUCAUGUGCCCGGAUGCGGUUGCGGAUAAACUCUAUCUGAAAGCG